CCCGCACAGACGUCAGGCGGCAGGCCCGGCCCCUUCCCACAGCCGGAGGGGGGUUGCGCACAGCGACGGGGGAUCGGGGCGGGGAGAGGCCGUGCGCGCCUAGGGGCGGCAGACCCGGGCGCGCGCCACGGGGGUCGCUGUCAUGGAAACGCACCCGCUCCCGCUGGAGGGCGCGAAGCCGCAUUGUGAGCGCCGGCCCUGGGGCCCGCGGCCCGGCGGCUGAGAGCAAGGCUCGGUCCCGCUCAAUGUCCCCUGACUUCUCCCUGCUCCCUCUCCCGACGGGACGGAAAGGGCCGGGGCUCGGGCACGGGAUCCCCUGCGGUCCGAGCCUGGCCACGGCGAAGCUGGUGCAGCCUGGCCCCGUGACCCCUCUGAAUCCCCGUCCGGCAGUCGCCGUGCCGUCGCCAAGUUUCUGGGAAGAUUAGUGGGAGCGCAGCCGCCGAAGCCCGAGGGCCUGAGGGUCGCAGCCAGUCCCCCUUGCCGGGUCGCCACGUCCCACAGGGUCCUUCCCGGCCGCUCCGUGGGAGGCGGGGCGCGGGUUGGAGUAACAGGGACGGGCGUGAGCUGGUACGGAACCAGGCAAGGUGAGAGAAGUGUCUUCCACGCGAUUCCCAAGCCUCGCUAGGGAAUUGAGGGAGAAGAAAGGUUGCUCAGAGUGAUAAAGAACACGCCAUUGCAAAUGGAAGAGCAACAUGCCCGAAUCUAGGUGACAGGAAGGGCUUAGGCCUUUUCGGCACGAAUGGAGCCUUCCAGUCAACAUGUUUCUAUGUGAUGCAGCUUUAUGGCGCAAAAAAAAUGACAAUGCAAGGGGCACAAACAGCCCUGCUGGACCAAUAGCCCAAGCCUCGAGAGUCUAUAUCGGGCGCCUUCAAGCCUCCAAACCACACACUGCAGCGUGGGAAAACUUCCCAUCGUGGCUUGGCGGAGCGACUAACGCGGCGCGCUCUGAGGUGGCUGGAAAAGACCGUCGCGAGAGGGCGCAGGGAGUCCCGCCCCACUGAGAGCCCGCCCCCUUGGAGGGGACAGGAAGCGUUCGCCCUGGCCCGGAAGCAGUGUUGACUGUACACGCGCGCUGCGGCAUGGCGGCUCACCGCCCCGGUCCGCUCAAGCAGCAGAAUAAAGCUCAUAAAGGCGGGCGGCAUCGGGGUCGGGGAUCUGCACAGCGGGACGGCAAGGGCCGUCUAGCACUGAAAACCCUAAGCAAGAAGGUGAGAAAAGAACUCAGCAGAGUCGACCAGAGGCAUCGCGCCAGCCAGCUCCGAAAGCAGAAGAAGGAGGCGGUUCUGGCAGAGAAGAGACAGCUGGGUGGCAAGGAUGGCCCUCCGCAUCAGGUACUGGUGGUGCCCCUGCACAGCAGAAUUUCCCUGCCAGAGGCCAUGCAGCUGCUUCAGGAUAGGGACACUGGAACAGUACACUUGAAUGAAUUGGGAAACACCCAGAGCUUUAUGCUGCUAUGCCCCCGCUUGAAACAUCGGUGGUUUUUCACGUCAGCAAGGCCAGGGGACCUGCACACUGUGUUAGACAUGGCUAAAGUAGCUGAUACCAUCCUGUUCCUUCUUGAUCCACUAGAAGGCUGGGACAGCACCGGCGAUUACUGUCUUUCCUGCCUCUUUGCUCAGGGCCUUCCCACCUAUACACUAGCUGUCCAGGGGAUUUCUGGCCUCCCACUGAAGAAACAAAUAGAUGCCAGGAAGAAGCUAAGUAAAGCAGUGGAGAAGCGCUUUCCGCAUGACAAAUUCCUCUUGUUAGACACUCAACAGGAGGCAGGGAUGCUGCUUAGGCAGUUGGCUAACCAGAAGCAACAGCAUCUUGCGUUUCGAGAUCGGCGGGCCUACCUGUUUGCCCAUGCUGUUGAUUUUGUUCCUAGUGAAGAGAAUAACUUGGUGGGCACCUUGAAAAUUUCAGGCUAUGUUCGAGGGCAGACUGUGAAUGUCAAUAGGUUGCUGCAUAUCGUUGGACAUGGCGAUUUCCAGAUGAAACAGAUAGAUGCCCCUGGAGACCCUUUCCCUUUAAAUCCUAGAAGAAUUAAGCCCCAAAAGGACCCAGACAUGGCAAUGGAGAUUUGUGCUACGGAUACUGUAGAUGAUAUGGAAGAAGGCCUUAAGGUCCUAAUGAGGGCAGACCCUGAUAGACAGGAAUCCUUGCAAGCAGAGGUUAUCCCAGAUCCAAUGGAGGGAGAGCAAACCUGGCCCACUGAGGAGGAGCUGAGUGAGGCAAAGGAUUUCUUGAAGGAAAGUUCAAAGGUGGUAAAGAAGGUCCCCAAAGGAACAUCCAGUUACCAGGCUGAAUGGAUUUUGGAUGGUGGCAGCCAAAGUGGUGGGGAAGGAGAUGAAUAUGAAUAUGAUGAUAUGGAACAUGAGGAUUUUAUGGAGGAGGAAUCUCAGGAUGAGAGUAGUGAAGAGGAAGAGGAGGAAUAUGAAACUAUGACUGUCGGGGAGUCUGUGCAUGAUGAUCUGUAUGAUGAGAAAGUGGAUGAAGAAGCUGAGGCAAAAAUGUUGGAGAAAUAUAAACAAGAAAGACUGGAAGAGAUGUUUCCAGAUGAAGUGGACACCCCCCGUGAUGUGGCUGCUAGAAUUCGAUUUCAGAAAUACAGAGGGCUUAAGAGCUUCCGGACAUCUCCAUGGGAUCCUAAGGAAAACCUUCCUCAAGAUUAUGCCCGGAUAUUUCAGUUUCAGAACUUUACUAAUACUAGGAAAAGCAUUUUUAAAGAGAUUGAAGAAAAAGAGGUUGAAGGAGCUGAGGUUGGCUGGUACGUCACACUUCAUGUCUCUGAAGUCCCUGUCUCAGUGGUCGAGUGCUUCAGGCAAGGAGCACCCUUGAUUGCAUUUUCUUUACUACCUCACGAACAGAAGAUGUCAGUAUUGAAUAUGGUGGUGAGGCGUGACCCUGGCAACACUGAACCCGUGAAAGCCAAAGAAGAGCUCAUAUUCCACUGUGGAUUCAGGCGCUUCCGAGCCUCACCUUUAUUCUCUCAGCACACUGCAGCGGACAAACAUAAAUUGCAGAGAUUCCUGACUGCUGACAUGGCCCUGGUGGUGACAGUCUAUGCACCAAUCACUUUUCCUCCUGCAUCUGUGCUGCUUUUCAAGCAGAAAAGCAAUGGAAUGCACAGCCUCAUUGCUACAGGCCAUCUUAUGUCAGUAGAUCCAGACAGAAUGGUCAUCAAGAGAGUCGUUUUGAGCGGUCAUCCUUGCAAAAUUUUUACUAAGAUGGCAGUAGUACGUUACAUGUUCUUCAACAGAGAGGAUGUGCUGUGGUUUAAACCAGUGGAACUGAGAACAAAGUGGGGCCGGAGAGGACAUAUCAAGGAGCCUUUAGGUACCCAUGGCCACAUGAAAUGCAGCUUUGAUGGGAAGCUAAAAUCUCAAGACACAGUACUGAUGAACCUCUAUAAACGAGUUUUCCCCAAAUGGACUUACGAUCCAUAUGUACCAGAACCAGUACCCUGGGUGCAAAGUGAGAGUUCUUCAAUAGUGCCUCAGGAGGGCAUGGAGUAAUGGAUUCAAAGAGAUUCCUUCUUACUGGUGCCAGCCAGUAGUCAGGGAUGGGAGGCACAAGUUGUGAUUGGGCAAUUUAUUUUCUAUGUCAGCCUGUCAGUCUGCUGCCCCAUUUUGCAAGACUUUUUUUUAACCUUGACAAAAUGUCUCAGUUAAGUAUGAAAGUUUUUCUACUACUUAGUCCAAAAAAACUAUUAAAUCUUAAUGAAAUAA